AUGGAGAGCUCAGAGCACAAGACGCAGGAAUCCAGAUCGAAGUCAGCCUUGUGGGGGGGCACACCGCAGUACGACUAUGUCCGCUUUGAGAGAUGCACCAGUUACGGGAUACCUUUGGAGGCAGGACGCGAGGCCAGGGGGACAGGGGACGACCUGCACUGUCUGGAGAACUCUCUCAGCCACCCGCAGCUUUAUGGCCAAUAUACAGACCAGAUAACUGAUUUUGCAGAGAAGGAAGCAGCAAAACUACUGAAUAAGAAACAGUUCCAAAAGAACAACGGAAGACCCCUGAAACGUGACAGUCAAGUAGAGAUCAAAGAAGAGCACUAUUCCAAAUGUCAAGACUGUGCUAAACGCAUCCAGAAGUAUGUUACCAAGAAGCUUGGAGAGGAUUGGAUUUUCCUGGUUCUGCUGGGUCUGGUCAUGGCGCUGGUGAGCUGGGGAAUGGAUUAUGCCAGUGCAAAGAGCCUACAGGCCUACAAGUGGAUGUACAGAGAGCUGCACCCGAAUGUCGCUAUGCAGUAUUUGGCAUGGGUCACAUACCCACUUGUUCUCAUUCUGUUUGCGGCCGUUUUCUGCCACCUCGUCUCCCCACAGGCUGUUGGAUCUGGGAUUCCAGAGCUGAAGACAAUUAUGAGGGGAGUGGUCCUCAAGGAAUAUCUCACUCUCAAAGCUUUUGUGGCCAAAGUUGUAGGCCUUACAGCUGGGCUUGGAAGUGGCAUGCCCGUGGGGAAAGAGGGUCCUUUUGUGCAUAUUGCCAGCAUCUGUGCUGCUGUACUCAGCAAGUUCAUGUCAAUUUUCUGUGGUGUGUAUGAGCAGCCAUAUUAUUACACGGAUGUCCUGACUGUGGGUUGUGCUGUGGGGGUCGGCUGCUGCUUUGGGACACCACUUGGAGGGGUCCUUUUCAGCAUCGAGGUCACUUCCACUUACUUUGCUGUGCGCAAUUAUUGGAGAGGUUUCUUUGCAGCUACCUUUAGUGCCUUUAUUUUCCGAGUCCUUGCUGUCUGGAACAAGGAUGCAGUCACCAUCACAGCCCUGUUCAGAACUAACUUUCGCAUGGAUUUCCCCUUUGAUCUGCAAGAGCUGCCAGCAUUUGCUGUAAUAGGGAUAUGCUCUGGAUUCCUUGGAGCAUUUUUCGUUUAUCUCAAUCGCCAAGUGGUCCUAUGCAUCCGGCGUCAUACAGCUCUAAGCCAGUUUCUCACCAAAUACCGCCUCAUAUACCCAGGAGUUAUAACCUUCCUUAUAGCAACUGUGACGUUUCCUCCAGGGUUUGGGCAGUUCAUGGCGGGAGAGUUGAUGCCACGGGAAGCCAUCAGCUCUCUCUUUGAUAACUAUACCUGGGUAAAAUACACAGGGGACCCCCAGAUCCUAGGGAAAUCUGCUGCCUGGAUCCAUCCCAAAGUCAGUGUCUUCAUCAUCAUCCUCCUUUUCUUUCUCAUGAAGUUCUGGAUGUCUGUCAUUGCCACCACCAUGCCAAUCCCCUGUGGAGGUUUCAUGCCUGUUUUUGUUCUGGGUGCUGCAUUUGGCCGUCUUAUAGGGGAAAUCAUGGCAUCAUUCUUUCCCAAUGGGAUUCUUUGUGAUGUCAUUGUUUAUAGAAUCUUACCUGGAGGGUAUGCUGUCAUUGUCCUCUUCUCUCCUUAUUCUUCUUCCACCGUACUUGGGAAAGGCGCAGCAGCUCUGACAGGAGCAGUAAGCCACACUGUCUCCACUGCUGUAAUCUGCUUUGAGCUGACAGGUCAGAUCUCUCACAUCCUCCCCAUGAUGGUGGCUGUCAUUCUUGCCAACAUGGUGGCCCAGAGCUUGCAGCCCAGCCUCUAUGACAGCAUCAUCCAGGUGAAGAAAUUGCCCUACCUGCCAGACCUGGGCUGGAAUCAGAUAAGCAAGUAUAAUAUCUUUGUUGAGGAUAUUAUGGUCCAAGAUGUGAAAUUCAUCUCCUCCGACUGUAAAUACCGAGACUUGCAAGCUCUACUGCAAAGCACCACUGUCAAGACUUUGCCUUUGGUGGACUCACCAGAGUCAAUGAUCCUCCUGGGGUCUGUGGAGCGAUCCGAACUUCAGGCUCUCCUCCAGAGACAUAUUAGCCCAGAACGGCGACGGCAACUCCACAGAGAGAUGCAGCAGAAGCUGGCUGAGGCACCCUACGAUGGGCACAGCAAGGGACCAUGGUCAGCCCUGCCCAAGCUGAAGCACGAAUCUUUUGCUUAUGUUGAUGAGGAUGAGAAUGACAAUGAGAAGGCAGAGUUGCCUGAGCCCCCCAGUCCCACUCCCAGUCACCCAGAAGAACCUAAUGGCCCGACGAGUCCUCUUAAACAAGUUCCAGAAACACUGGGGCCACAGCAUCCUCCAGGUAAUUUCUGGAGUUUGAGACAACUGAUCCAGCAGCUCUUGUGCUAUUACAACCGUCCACCUGAAAUGGAGAGGGCUGUCCAGGAUCUGGCAGAAGCUGUUGACACAAUGAGUCCAGAAGAGAUAGAUGCUUGGGAACAGGAGGAGCUGGACAAGGAUGUAUGCUUUGACAGCUGCCGCAUAGAUCCUGCCCCUUUCCAGCUGGUAGAGAGAACUUCCCUGCACAAGACACAUACGUUGUUCUCAUUACUGGGCCUCAGCCAUGCCUAUGUAACCAGUAUGGGGAAGCUGAGGGGAGUGUUGGCUUUGGAAGAGCUUCAGAAGGCGAUAGAGGGCUCCACAUGCUCUGGGGUUCGCCUCCGUCCACCCCUUGCCAGUUUCCGUGAUACCAACCGAACUUCAGUCAGCAGUGAGAAGGUCAGCCAGGCCACUCAGGUGUGGAACCGGCAGAACAACUGCAUGGUGGCAUCACAGCAAGCAGCAGACUUGGGGACAGAGAGCCCACUGCCUCCCUCUUGCCACUCCCCCCAGCCCUCACACUUGUGUGAUGAGGUGGAAGGCCUGUGCUCCACCUCUGCCACUGAUACUGACCUGGAAGAGAUGGAGCUGACAGGGCCAGUUGCUGAAAACAUCUCAGACAUCCUCAAGGACUUAAGCCUACGCUGCACUGACCUAGAUGAGGAUGAAGAUGAGGAUGAGGAUGUCCCCUUAUAGCUGGGGAGCAGUCUAUUGCAUUCUUCAGCUGAGCCAGCCUUGUCAUGCGCACUCUUCAAAGAGAAGCGUGUAGACGCUCUCUUUAAAUCCCACAGAAGACUGAUUCAGCUGGGAGAAGGGGCAUCACACUAACCCUUCUUUCUGCUGCUUUCUGUGCCAAGACUGCUAGGUUGUCUGGAGUGAGAUGUGGACUGUAAGGUGGCUAAGAGCAAGUUUAAGGCCUCUGCUUUUAUUUGUGGUGAACCAGUGUAUACAUAAUGUGGAAGAAGGAAUCAUAAUAAGACAUGGAUACUACUGGACACAAGCAGGAUGCUCUGGGUCUAUCUGCCACAUGGAAAGUAGGAGAGCAGCUCUUCUCAUUCUCCAUUGAUGUCAUCCUUCCAGACUCUCCUGACCUACACACGCUAGUGUAAACACAGCUUCUAGACCUUCAGCCUAGAAGCAUAUUGCUGGUUCUACCUGCAAUCCCACCUUUGUCGCUGCAGAUCCUUUUGACUAGCUCUUACCUUGCACCCCCAGAAACAUUCUCAUGGAGAACAUUUUGCCUCUUUCUCAAUUUUGCUCUGGGAUUUUCUUGGGUGGGAGGACAGUUAGGAGCUUGUCCUCUGUCCUUUCGCUGAGCUGUCCCCUAAAAACAGGUGGGAGGAAAAGAAUUUGGUCCAUGUCUCAUGUCUUGAAUACAGCCAGGGCUUUAAGAAAAGCAUUGGAAGGGAGGAAAGCCUUUUUGGUUUCCCAUCAUCUAUGUCAUUUUUAAACAGAAUGGGAAAAGCUUAAGCAGGGGCAUCCUCAUUGCUGGAAGGAGAGGAGUAAAAUAGCAUGUAUGUACCUAUAUUUCAACUAUCUGUGUUUGUCUCUCUGAAUCACUGUUCACAAUUUUUACAAACUUAUAGUCUUAAAAUAUAAGAACUCCAAAAAAUGAAUUAGGGAGUAUUAACAGGCCACCAAGAAAUGCAGCAGAGAAGCCCCAUUCUCCAUGCUUCCAUAACAGGUUUCUCUCUAAAACUCCUGCUCUCGUUCCUGAUAAUUCUAUACUGCCUACUUUCCACAUAUUUUUGUGUGCCUCUGAUCUGAGAAAUCCAGCUCUCAUUUUUGCCAGCUUGUCUCAGUUGUGACUAAGAGCAGAGACCUCCACCCUUAUCUGAAGCAUCUCUAUUCGAGUUCUAGAUCUGGAGCAUAUCUUGAUCUGUAUCUUGACAAAGCAUGUCUCAUCAGUUUAUGUCAUGCAUGUGAAACCUUGGCAUCCAAAGAUAAGAUGCUGUUUUGUUUAACACACUGUCCACAUGGGUUUGUUAGUAAAUAGGCAAAAUCAAAUUCUGUGUAUUCUGCAACUUUCAUCUACUAUUCUACACCUCUAUCAUAGCUUUUGUGUGUCUCGAUGCUUAGAUACAGUCCCAAGCAGUUUGUUGGGUGUGCCACUUACCAGCAUAAGGAAAGCAAUCCAGGCACUAAGAAUAUGUUCCUGAUAAUAUUCCCCUGGCUGUUGGACCACAUGCCCUUUGCUGAUAUUGUAAAGCAUCGUCCGAAUUAGAGUGGCCAGUUGCAUCUUAACAGGUGGCUUUCCAUAAGCUCUCUUAGAAGCAAGUUCAAAAAUAUGGUUGCCUCUAAUAACCUGAUAUCGCUAGGAAAAUUCUAUCCAGGCUUUAAUGCCAAGGACUGACUUUGUACCAAAUCCUCUACGGUGAUUCUCAGGGAUGGGGGGAGUCUAUGACAAGCUGAUGGUAGGGGGAAAUCUCCCCAGCUAUUUUCUUGGAGAGGUUAAUAUUUGCUUUUGUUCUCUGGAUUUCACUGGCUUAUUCUAUAUCCUAUUUGACACAUGAUCCCUCUGUUUAAGCUAACAGGGAACAAUCUUUGCCUCUUUUUCCAAAGUGAUCUUCACUCAUCUGAGGGUCACCCUGUCCUUGUGAGAAGACAGUAGCAGUUUGGAGGCAAAUAUCUCAUUCACACCAAGUGCCUCCUGCUACCAGAGGGCUGUGUUAUGUUCCUGCUUGCCAGGCAGUAGGACACAAACAGCCUCCCUGCUACCUUUGUGUCACUUUCCCCUCCGCUUGUGGAGAAGAGACAGAACCACUGCUAUUUUCUCUCAAGUAAUUGUGAUAUGCCUUUGUGAAAGAAGAGGAGAAAGGGCAUUCUUUUUAAAUAUACAUAAAUGCAUAGCGUAUUCCAGUCAGUGACAACACUGUGAAGCCAAACUGAUCUGGCCACACACCUUCACAGAGGGCCAAGCUUCUCCAAGUUUCUCUGCUCCUGACUUAUUACUAGCACGUAUGGACUUGAUUCCACCACUUUUUUCAGCUUAGCCAAAUGGUUGCACUAAGACAGAUGAGAUGAUAGGGAGAAACUCUAAGGCUGCAGUCAAUACAUAUCCCCCACCUCCACCUGAAUGCAGAUAUGUGCUCUGCCCCGGUACUGCAUUUCUCCUAUGGUGUGUUACAGAAGAACUGGAUGAGACUGGAUGAGAAAGCAGAUGGAGCCUAAAUCAAAGCCAGAGAGCGUGUGAGUCAUGACAGGCAGAUUGUGAGCUGAGGGAGAUGAAAACACAUGAGGCACAGAGAGGGGCUGGGGGAGCUCAGAGUAAGACCCGAGAUACACUGGAAAAUUUCAUGAGGUUGGUCAUCUGCGGGUACAAGAGCACACAUACGCAUGCCCACACACAUGCACACACAUGCGCCUCUAUCUGCACCAAAGUUAUCAUGAAGAACUGGACUGUUCCCUGUAGUGAAG